CGCACGCACCACUCACUCACUCACUCGCCCGCUCGCUAUCCCCAGUUCCACUCGGGUCGCGAACAUGGCGGACGUGGAGCGGCUGCGGGAGGAGGGAGAGAAAGCGGCGGCAGAGGCGAUGCUGCUGAACGGGGAAGCCGGCGAAAAGGAUGAAGCCGAUCCCGGUGAGGAGACAGCCAAGAGGCGGAGGAAAAAGAAAAAGAAGAGCAAGUCCGCAGCCCCUGCCGAUGGGGAGGAGGGAGAGAACUCAGCUGGGAAAAAGAAGAAGAAGAAGAAAAAGAAGAAAGCAGGACCCAAGGUGCAGACGGACCCCCCCUCUGUGCCCAUGUGUGAGUUGUACCCCAGCGGGGUGUUUCCACUGGGCCAGGAGUGUGAAUAUCCACCCUCUCAGGAUGGUCGCAGUGCGGCCUGGCGUGCCACUAGUGAGGAGAAGCGGGCGAUGGAUAAGGCCAAUGAGGAGAUGUGGAGCGAUUACAGACAAGCAGCCGAGGCUCACAGACAGGUCCGGCAGUACGUCAGGAGUUGGAUCCGACCAGGCAUGGCCAUGAUAGACAUCUGUGAGCGCCUGGAGAACUGUUCCCGGACGCUGAUAAAGGAGGAUGGCCUGAACGCAGGACUGGCCUUCCCGACGGGCUGCUCCCUCAACAACUGCGCCGCCCACUACACCCCCAACGCAGGCGACCCCACAGUUCUGCAGUAUGACGACGUGUGUAAGAUCGACUUCGGCACACACAUCAAUGGGCGGAUCAUUGAUUGUGCCUUUACCGUCACCUUCAACCCAAAGUAUGACCGGCUCCUGGAGGCUGUGAAAGACGCCACUGAUACCGGCAUCAGGAUUGCUGGAAUAGAUGUGCGUCUCUGUGAUGUGGGCGAGUCGAUACAGGAAGUGAUGGAGUCCUAUGAGGUGGAGAUUGAUGGGAAAACAUUCCAAGUGAAGCCUAUCAGGAAUCUGAAUGGUCACUCUAUUGGACAGUACAGGAUCCACGCCGGAAAGACGGUCCCGAUCGUGAAAGGAGGAGAAGCCACUAGGAUGGAGGAGAAUGAAGUGUACGCUAUCGAGACUUUCGGGAGCACAGGGAAGGGUGUCGUGCACGAUGACAUGGAGUGCUCUCAUUACAUGAAGAACUUUGACGUGGGACACGUCCCCAUCAGGCUACCUCGUGCCAAGCACCUGCUGAACGUGAUCAACGAGAACUUCGGCACGCUGGCGUUUUGCCGCCGCUGGUUGGACAGGCUGGGCGAGAGCAAGUACCUGAUGGCGCUCAAGAACCUGUGCGACCUGGGCAUCAUCGACCCAUACCCGCCACUCUGUGACGCCAAGGGCAGCCACACAGCCCAGUUCGAGCACACCAUUCUGCUGCGACCCACCUGCAAGGAGGUGGUCAGCAGGGGGGACGACUACUGACACACACACACACGCACACCCACGCCCACACAUGCACUUGCACAUACACACACACACAAACCCACACACACAUGCACAAAC